GAAAAACUGCAGAAAAACUAAAAGAGCAAUAAUUUUUUUUUUUUUUGGUUACUGAAGUUAAAGUUAAGGUUAGAUUUAAGUGUCAAUGGAAGGUUCUCACAUGUAUAUAAAAGUGUGUGUGUGUGUGUGUGUGUGCGCUCAGACCUCGACAUACACAGGAAAUUUCAUGAUAAUUAUAAGCAGGGAGUAAUUACUUUUCCAGAGAGAUAAAGGUGGCCAAUUAAAUCUUCAAACAGGAUGGGUUUACGUAGAUCAUAUCCACGCAAUUACUAAACAGUUUCAAAGGAGCUCCACACUACAGAACAUAAAGAACCUUUGUUUUUGAUGUGUGUGUAAGUCCUUGGUGUGUGUGUGUCUGUUUAUAUUGGACUGUAUAUAGGUUCGGUGGUUGGAUGGAGCGGAUGGGGUUAGGGAGGGGUGGUGCUUCAUGCUGCACACACACUGCAGCUGUGUGUCUGGGGUUAUGUACAAAUAUUUAAACCCACUCACAUCCUUUCCCUCCAAAUGGUCUCCUCAGCACCCAGAGCAGCUUCUGUGGCAUGUCACACUACUUCACCUCAGUCACGUCUUCAGACUGUCUUCAGAAGUCCCCCGUUCCUGUGGUGUACCAUACACCACAGCAGGGAAUGCACUGCUGCAUGCGAUGGACAGCAUUAAAGAAAGUGAGGGGUUUUAAAGUGACUUUAAACUUCAGUUUUAUUUCUGUUUAAAAAUAAGAAAAGAAAACAUUCAUACACUCCUAAAAAACGGACUCCAUUUAGCACCCUUAAGGAUUCCUUGACUUAAUAAAUAAAUGAACUAUCUAUCUAUCUAUCUAUCUAUCUGUCUAUCUGUCUGUCUGUCUGUCUAACUAACUAACAGGGACAAUAUGCACGGCACAGUGGCAGGGCAGGUAGUGUUGCAGCCUCACAGCUCCAAGUUUUAAUCCUGAGCUCAGGUUACUGUCUGUGGAGUUUCAGUGUAUGUUCUCCCCAUGUAUGUGUGGGUUUCCUUUGGGUUCUCUGGUUUCUUCCUGCUUCCCAAAAACAUGCCAGUAAGUGGACUGGCCUAGGUGUGAAUGAGUGUGUGAUUGUGUGUGGGCAUGGUGCCCUGUGAUGGGCUCCAGGGUGUAUUCCUGCUUCACGCCCAGUGUUACCAGGAUAGGCUCCAGAUCCCCCAUCACCCUGACCAGGAUAAAGUGGCUACUGAAUGUGAGUGAGUGAAUGUGAGUGAGUGAAUGUAAGUGAGUUAAUUGACAUCAGUAUUCACAAUGUAAAUGUGUCAGAUUUGCCCAACUGCCUAAUUUUCAACUGCUGUACCUGGGCAGGUUGAUGUUAUUAAAAAAAUAAAUAGGACACAGAACAGGUAGGAAAGGAAAUAAAAUAAACAACAAAACAACCUUAAAAGAACACAGUUAUGUAUAAAGCACCAGACACACCAAAAACACGAUGAUACAAGCUUGACACUAAUUUAUGUGAGCAUUGUUAACAUUUUAUAUAACUAAACAUAAUGUUUGCACUCCUGACUUUCCAGCAACCAUAUUUAAUUUUUUUCUAGAAUAAGCCAGUGGUUUUCAAGUCUCUUAAAUCAGCUGGAAGUUCAUUCCUUGGCUUGUCUGUAUGGGGAAGCCCUUGAAGGCUUCAUGUAGAAACCUGUAACAAUGCAGUUUCCCUUUUGGAAACGUUUUCAAUUUGAACUGCGUUUAAACAGAUGGAACCACUAAACAUCUAAUGAAAUCACAUAUCCAUUUCAUUUUUGUCAGAUUAUUGGAAAUAUACUCUCUGAAAUCAAAUCUAGUUUUGAUAUAAACUUUUCAGUAUAAAUAUGGACUUUUGUCCAAGUCACCUUUUGCAUCCUCGCGUGACUGGACAAAUUUUGGGUGUGUGAAAGAUGAAAUAGAUGAUAUAGUCAAUGGAGGAAGCACAGUAGUGGCAGAGAGAGGGAGGAGGAUUCAGUCAUUUGGGACACUCCCUCACUACAUCUUGCGACGAGAAGGAAGUCUCAUAUUCAGAUUACAUAUUCAGUGCAAAAGGCCAGAGACUGUCAUUGCUGUACUUCUGUUUUAAGAGUCAGUGCCUGCAGGUGUGGUUUGUGUGUGGUUUUGGUGAAAGGGAAUUGGUCUAAAAAAAAUGCAAAGGUGAAUUCAUCUUCCUCAAAAGGACACUUCAGGAAGCAUGGACAGUUUAUACUGUGGAUUACAACCCAAAGGCAAAGGAAAGCUGGUGAGAACUUGUCCAUCUAUGAAAUAUUUCUGAUUUUUUUGGAUCUGAUUUCUUUCUUUGGAGUUCAUUGGAUCUUAUUGGAUCAAGCUGUAACUCGUCUGGAGAAAGGGCAGGUGUUGUGUUUCACUGUGGGCUCUUUGAAGACUUUCUGGUGCGUCAUUAGAGCUGCUUUAUUUAUUUACUGUACCCUUAGACAUUAACUUCCCAUUUUGCCCCUGUCUUUACUCAGCACCUGCUCUUUACUUAGCGUUAUUCUGGCUUUUCUAAAGUCGUACUUCAAAGGAGUGGAAAGUCUUAAGAAACUGUUUGGUUUCCUUUAAGCUGCUUCUACCCUGCCAGAACUUAUUGCUCCUGCUGUGGUGUGUUUCACCGUCACGCUCCAUAAGUAAACAGAAGAUAUUACAUGUGAGCGAGAGGAACACGGGUUUAUUCUGGUGAUAACAGUCAAGAGAAAGGACACACAGACAAGAGGGUAGAAAAGAUAUGCUGACGGGGGGAAAGUAACUUUGAUCGCUCUUGAAGAACUCACAUGAGGACUGUUACACUUGAACACAAGUGAAUGAAUUCAAGGACAGCUUGUCUUGCUGAGACAUUUAAACAGCCGUGUGGGCUGAAGCUGUCUAAAACAAAGCUGUCUAAGUACAUUCAAUUUUCAAGAGUCUAAAUUUUAGCAGGAGGUAAAUAAUUCCUCCUAAUAAAUAAAUAAAUAUCACCACCAAUGGAUGACCAGACUAUUAUCCAGGACAGUGUAGUUGCAGGAAGUUGGGCGCUCCUGGUCCACUAUGUGUCCCCACACCAUGGCAGAAGGAGGACUGCUAGUUGUGGGAACAGAAUCGCAGGUGGAAGGUGGCUCUCAAUCUUGACCAUCAUUCUCCCUCUAUGCAUGUUUGUGUGUGUCUGUGGGCAAAUGGAGGGGAUGGUGCACUCGAGCUUCCGCAGGCUAAGUGGCCGUGAGAAGAAGGAGAUGCAAAAGGAGAUUUUGUCCAUCCUGGGACUCCCAGGACGGCCUCGUCCACACCCGCCUCUGCGUCCUCCUUCAUCUGCUCCACUCUUCAUGCUGGACCUGUACCAUGCUGUGUCAGCCGAGGGAGACGAAGGCCCAGGUGUGGGCUUCAUCCCUGAAAGUGUCAGUCAUCCUGCAUUGCCUACCCUAAGCACACACGCAGCACCACUUGGCACAGUGGUCAGUGAGGCAGACACCGUCAUGAGCUUUGUCAACCUGGUGGAGCAUGAGAGAGAUCUACUCCAGCCUCGGCCCUACUGGAAGGAGUUUCGUUUUGAUCUGACGCCGCUUCCUCAAGGAGAGACAGUCACUGCUGCAGAGUUCCGCAUCUAUAAAACCCUGACUAUGGGUCAGAGAGCUAACCGUACCCUCCAUAUCUCCGUCUAUGAGAUCCAGAGGGAAAAAAGAUACAGGGAACCUGAGCUAGUAUUGCUGGACAUGCAAUCAGUUCCAGCAGGGCAGGAGGGCUGGCUGGCCUUCGAUGUAACAACUGCCAGCAACCACUGGCUCCUGCAACCACGAAGCAACCUGGGCAUCCGACUGUAUGUGGAAACGGAGGAUGACCGCUCAUUAUCCGCUGGCUGGGUGGGUUUGGUGGGCCGCAGAGGACCGCGUUCCAAACAGCCUUUCAUGGUGACAUUCUUCAGAGCAAGCCAGGCCCCCUGCCGCCCACCUCGCGCUCUCAGACACAACACACAGCGCAGGAAAAAACACAAAAAUGAUCUGCCUCACCCAAACAGACCAGGUUUAUUUGACCAAGCUCCUGUGAGUAAUGGGCGACAAGCAUGUAAGAAGCAUGAGUUAUAUGUCAGCUUCAGUGACCUGGGUUGGAAGGAUUGGGUUUUGGCUCCUCCAGGUUACUCGGCAUAUUACUGCGACGGGGAAUGUGACUAUCCUCUUGGUUCCUGUAUGAAUGCUACUAAUCAUGCCUUGAUCCAGCUUGUGGUUCACCUUAUAAAACCUGACGAGGUCCCCAAGGCCUGCUGUGCACCAACCAAACUCAGCCCCAUCUCUGUGCUAUUCUACGAUGACAACAACAACGUCAUACUCAAGAAACAUCGAAACAUGGUGGUUAAGACUUGUGGCUGCCUAUAAACAUGUGUCUCUGUCUUAUUUAGUGGUGCCAGUCUGCCACUGUCCCCUACUGCACUAUUUCUAGCAAACAAAAUUAUUGUUUCA